AUGGCCGCAGACUUAGAAAGGGUAAAAGGCAAUCUGGGGAAAUCAGAGGGGUAUAGCAUAGAGAAAAUCCCAAGAGAGGGAAAUACCCAUGUCAAUGCCCUCAGAAAGCUAGCUUCCACUAAGGAUGGAGAUACCCUCGAAUCCGUACCUGUUGAAUACUUAUCCAGGCCAAGCAUCAUUGAAUCAGACGUUCAUAUGAUCGGCAUCCCAAAGGAGUCGUGGGCCGACCUAACUAUAAACUACCUGAAGGAUGGAGCUCUACCAACAGACAGGAGAGAAGCUCGGAGGCUGGUGUAUAAGGCCGCCCGAAACACCUUAGUAGACGGAGUCUUGUACAAGAGAUGGUUUUCUGUGCCACUCUUGCGGUGCGUUGAUGAAGAGGAGGUGAUGAAAGUUCUGUAUGAAAUACAUGAGGGCGAAUGCGGCAGCCAUGCGAGUGGACCAUCCACGACCAGGAAAGCCAUGAGGCAAGGAUACUACUGGCCCUCUAUGUAG